CGAUGGACUUUGGAGGCGCCCCGACCGGCAACGCGACGCACCCGCGCGUGAACAAGAAGACGAUGGGCGCGUAUGUGGGCCACACGGUCGCGCUCGUCGGUGCUGUGGAGAGCCACUCGCACACUGCCGUCGUGUUGCGCACGUCGGACGGGGAGAUCGUAAACGUGACGAUCCAGCCAGGCACCGACUACGGCAGCAAGGUGGUGGAGGUCAUCGGCCGCGUCGUGGACUCGGAGACCAUCCAGGAGUUCAAGACGACGCUCUUCGGCGAUAGCUUCGACCUGGACGUGUACGACCAGUUCGUGCAGCUCGCGCAGUCCAAGUACAAGAACCUGUUCGAGUAACUUGCCACGGUGGAGUGGGGGCAAUGGGAAGGUUAUUAGUGG